GGACGACAGAGACCGGGGAGUCCCGAAGAGAGCAGGCACCAGGGACCAUACUCGGACCUUGGACCCCCAGGUCACAUGCAACAUGGCCAGACCCCUUUCCCAGAGCCUAAAUAAGCAAAUGAGGAGGUGUCAAAGCAGUUGAGCCCUGGGGUGGGCUUGAAGCACACAGGCAGUGGUGCCUAGAAAGCAGCAUCCAACACCCCUGCUCCUACCUCCCAGAACACCCAAAGAACAGUAGCCACCAUGCAUCUUCCUGAGAGCCUGCAGGACCUGGCAGACAGUGAGGCUGUGCGCUUUCUGAGGAGACCAAAGAGCAUCUUGAGGAUCUGCGGAGGGGUCUUUUCCCUGGUCAUCUUUUCCUCUCUCCUAACUGAUGGUUACCAGAACAGGACAGAGUCUCCUCAGCUCCACUGCGUCCUCAACAGCAAUUAUGUGGCCUGUAGCUUCGCAGUUGGAGCUGGCUUCCUGUCCUUCCUCAGCUGCUUGGUCUUCCUUGCCCUAGACGCCCGUGAGAGCCGUAUCACAGGCACCCGCUUUAAGACAGCCUUCCAGCUCUUGGACUUCAUCCUAGCUGUCCUCUGGGCAGGUGUCUGGUUUGUGGCCUUCUGCUUCCUAGCCCGCCAGUGGCAGCAUUCGAAGUUCAAGCAUUUCCUCUUGGGGAACAGCAGCGCCAAGGCAGCCAUUGCCUUUGCUUUCUUCUCCGUCCCUGUCUGGAUAUUCCAGGCCUACCUGGCCUUCCAGGACCUCCGAGAUGAGGCUCCAGUCCCUUACAAGCGCUCCCUGGAUGAAGGUGGUGUGGUGCUGAACACUCUCUCCCCAUCAUCCACCACCAGCCCUGCCAAUCCUCCUACCACAGGCCCCAACAGUGUGAGUUACACCAGCUCAGCCCUGUCCCCCUAUCUGACUGCUUCAAAGGCCCCCCGCCUGGCCAUGAUGCCAGACAGCUAAACAGCCUUACCUACAUCAGUAAAGAGCUCUUCUCCCUCUGAGGAGUUUCUGAAUAACCCUGUCCUGUCUGUUCCUCUUAUUACUUGAGUGACAGGGGGAGGAGACCCACUGAAAGAGGUUACAAUUCUGUGCUACCCCCAAGUCCCAAUCACCUUGCUGACAGCAGGUUGAAAGUGUUGAUAGGCAGGAAGCCCUGCCAUCACCUGUACCCUGAGCCCACACUGGCCUUGAAGUGGAGGCACAAGGACCUCAUACUACACAGCUAAGGCUGAGGCUGAGAGAGAAAAGACCUUCCCCUCAGAGCACCAGGGAGAAACAGUAGCAUUAACCCAGCAGCCCAAGCUCUUUACCCCAUAAUACUCAACAGAGCCAUGUGUAUAUGGAGUCAGACAGGACACUGAGUCCAUGAUGAGAUUUAGACCUGUGUCUUCAAAUACAUUAAAUAUGGCCUGGGAAAAAGGCAAGUGUCUCUACUCUACACCCCCAGGAUCACCAGACUACAGACCUGCUAGGAGGGAUCAGGCAGGUGGCACCUUGUGCCAGAGUGACAGCCUUUAUCCACCACCCAGCUAUGGGGCUAAGGAUGCAGAAACUUGCUCAAGGCUACACUGAGAAAAAGAAAGUCAAUUUUAAUAUAUUUCAUUUAACUUAAUAUAUCCAAUGUGUUACUGUUUCAAUGUAUAGUCAAUAUGAAAAUUCAGCUUUUUUUCUUUGUAAAACAUGGUUUCACUGUGUAACGGAGGCUGGCCUGGAACUAUUUUCCAACCUCAGUACUGGGUUUACAGGCAGGAUGCCACCGUUCCCAGCAUUGAAAGUUACCAUUGUAGCAUUUGUCAUCAUUCUCACUAUGAAAAUCCACUGUGCGCCUUUCCUGACAAGACAGCUCACUUUGGAUCUGCUGUGUCAUGUGCUCGGUGGACAAGUGUCAUUGAUGGGCAACCCAUUGGUACUACCACUCUUGAUCCUUCUGGUGCUUGUCUAGAACAACUAAACAUCUUUUGUGUUGUUA